GCGCGUUUUACGCCAAGCAGCUGUCCUUUUGUUUGAGAAUACUGAUAAUAUGAUUAGGGUUCAAGUAAGGUAGCUAUGUAAAACGACAGCGGUCACGUAAAUUGUCAGUGUGCGUUCACGUUCCGACUACGUGGGCUUUGUCUGACCUAGUGUAAUCUACCUGAAAGGUUUGCCGAUUCAGGUACAGCAUUGUCGUUGCUAUGGGGUACAUUGAAUAGCAACAAUUAAAGGUCUGUAUCCAGUCAACACUUUAAGACAUGGAUCAGUUCCGUGAUGUUGACGGCGGCUGGGCUUGGGUGGCAAUGGCGGCCUGCUUUGUUGGUAACGUUUUAAACGGCUUCCUGAACUACAGUGUCGGAAUCUUCCACGUGGCAUUAUUGGAAGAGUUCCAGGAGGACGUGGCCACUACCGCCAUUGUUGGUUCCGUAUAUGCCGGUCUAUAUUCCCUCUUUGGACCAUUUGUCAGUAUGGUUGUCAACACGACAAGCUGUCAGACAGCACUUAUGAUUGGGGCAGUCCUGACCGUGCUCGGAUUCUCAUCCUGUUUCUUCGCCAAUAGUCUUUCUACUGUUCUCUUUACGUAUGGGAUCAUAGCAGGUCUCGGGUCUGGCUUCUGCGCUACACCUAUCUUGAUCAUGACCGGAUACAGUUUCAAAAAGUACCGGGGAAUAGCCAACGGGGUUGUCGUUUGCGGGUGUGGAAUUGGCAUGCUGGGAAGCGGCCCUUUAAGUCAAUAUUUUAUCGACACAUAUGGGCUUCGUGGUGGCUUCCUCAUGAUGGGUGCUGUCGCGUGCCACCUGAUUGUGUGCGCAGCAUUGAUCCGACCAUCCGGUGCGGAAGGGUGGCACAAGAAAAUGCGACAGGAGUCAGAAGACGCUUCUAAAAAGUGUGUCCAAGUUCGCAGUAUUCUUGAUCCUUCCUUGUACAAAAACCACGCUUUCCUGCUUAUACUUAUUGCUGGUUUCGGAUGGAACGUCGCUUAUGCUAUAGUUCUUCUUCAUCUCCCAAACUUUUCAGUCGUUCUAGGAUCCUCCAAAGCAGAAGCUGCUAUGCUUCUUUUUGUUAUCGGAGUUGGAAGCUCCGUAAGUCGGGUCUUUGGAGGACUCGUAACCAGCAACGAGGCAGGAAUAGAUCCAAUAUUGUUAAAGCUUGGAGUAUUGGGAAUCACUGGAGUACUGACCUUAUUAUUUCCGUUCUACUCUCACAUAUAUUGGCAGCAAGUGAUAUUUGCAUGCCUGUUUGGGAUAUACAGUGGGGGACUCAUAGCAUUUACAGUUCCUAUUCUCAUAGAGAUAGUCGGGCUAUCUAAACUGUCUGCUGCCGUUGGCGCACUGUACUUCAUGUACGGAAUUGGCUGGUUUGUUGGACCGACGGUUGCAGGUCUGAUAAUAGAUCACACUGGCAGCUACGAUAUCGUCUUUUAUGUAACAGGUGCCAUAUUUACGCUCGCCUCGGUGUUGACGUUGCUGUCUACAAUAUGGCGUCCGAAAGACGUGAAUGUUGACGAAGACGACCGCUUUGUGGCCUCCGUCCUGUUUAAAGACUCAAACUUUCUUACCGGGUCAAUGCUUCUGACGGGGUCAACCAACGUCAUGCUGGACUUCCGGGCAUCCACUAUGAACAUGUCUCACUCCUCCAAAUCACUAGGACCCUAUAGCUCCUACCGGUCUGUCCGGAUGCAAUCCUCGAAUCGAUCUGUCAACACACAGGAGAAAGUACCACUGAAAUUAUCUAGACUUGCUAUCGACAAUGGGGAAUCAGCUCCUUUAACUGUAGAAAGUGUAAGUGAGAUAUGAACAGUGGCAAAAAACAAUAUCGUAAAUUUUUAAACUAGGCUAUAAUUGUUAAUGAUGAAAUGCUUCAAAACCGGUGUUGUAAUGAAAUGUAUUUAUUUUGACAAAGGUAUUGUCGACUGUUUAUUAAUGACACUGAUAUGCUGGCACUAUUAUGUUGGUGAUCACAUAGAUUGUACCUCAGGUAUUCUUUUGUACAUUUUUGAUUGGUUUAUUACUAAGUUUUGAAAAGAUGUAUUAAUGUAUAUAUAUAUAUGAAUAUUGAGAUCAUCAAUCCAUCAAUCAAUCGUUAAUUAUCUGACAGUGGAUGUUAAAGAGAAUCAGAAUAUAUGUAUUUAGGCAUUUUAAUUUUUAUGGAUGGUUGUAACGUAAGAAUACAUUAUGAAAAGAUGAUAAUUUAGCUGAUGAUUAGAUGAAAAUGAUGGGAUGAAUGCAUGUAUAACACAGCAAGUCUGCCUAAUUAUUGAUUUUCUUUACUUUUUCUAUGAUUAAUUUCUGCUGUUAACUUUGAUACGUUAAUUAAUUAAUAUGAUACACGUAUGUUCGUACAUGUAGUUAGUGGUACUAACGCACAGUUUACUGACAAAUAUCAUCCUGAUACAUACCGCUGUUCGAUGGUUAUAUCACGUUCGGUCACUGAUGGAAAUAAAAAAAGCUUACAGAGUAUAACUCUUAAGUUACUGGUAAACAAUGUAGUUCAUUGAUUAAAGCACGUUUUUAUUGAUGGAUACAUGAUAUCUGCUAAUGAAUAAACGUAGUUGACUUAUGUAUCAACACAGGUUACCGAGCUUUGUGCGUAGCUAACUGAUACUGACAUGUUGUGUGCUGUCGUUCUGGGAUGGAUACAUGUAUAUAACUGACAACUGUAUGCGUUUGUCUUAUAGUAACACGUGGUUAUUGAUCAGUAUAUGUUGUUCUCUGAUGAACAUAGUAUGUAAAUAGCUGACAUCUGUACGCAUUUUCUGAUAGUAACAAGUGAUCAGUAUAUACAUGUGUUGCUCACUGAUGAAUACAAGAUGUCUACUGAUGAGUUUAGUUUGUUGUUUCGGCAUCGAAGACCUAAUGCACUGAAACUAGGUUGAUCCAAUUACAAAUAUCUUGUUACCACAGAUAUGAGAAUAUUUUUAAACGUCCAUGUCGUGUGAAAAAAUAUAUAUAAAGGCAGAGAUAUUGACCUCUUAUUCAAUUAAAACGAAUGCAUAUAUUUCAUCAAUGCACUUCAAAUCUGGAGGAUGUCAUGCUAUCAUCUCACUUAUUCCCUAGCACGUUUUAUUUCCGAUUUAUUUCAGGUACACUAAAACUAAAUGAAAAAGAGGACGCAUUUUAAUACGAGGCAUGCUCCUUGCAUAAAUUCGCAGGCAGAAAGACAAAAAAUAUCCUACGUUCUAUAUUAAAAAAUGUUCGUAUUAAGCAAAUUUU